AACAUGUAUGUGUGGAUGACUGCGCUCGCGGGCUUGGCUCUCCUCCUCCCCGCGCUCCUCAAAACUUUCUUCCCGUAUUUUCUGCAGGACUGCGUUUAUAUAUACAGAGCUCUCGGAUGCGGCGUCCGACUCAACAUUUACAAGAGGAAAACUCCCUUCUACAGCAUCGUGGACUGCUUUUUGGAGGCGGUGAAGAAACACCCGAGAAAAGCGUUCAUUCAUUUUGAAGGCGAGACUUUCUCCUAUGAGGAGGUGGAGAAGCGGAGCAAUAAAGUGGCGGACGCGCUGCGCUCGGUGGUCGGCCUCCGGGAAGGGGACACGGUUGCGCUUUUCCUGGGCAAUGAGCCCCGGUUUGUGUGGACUUGGCUCGGCUUGGCCAAACUGGGCUGUCCCGCUGCACUCCUGAACUUCAACAUCAGAUCCAAAUCACUCCUUCACUGCUUCUCCUGCUGCGGCGCGAAUGUGCUCAUAGCGGACGCCGGUGAUGCACUUGGUCUUCCUAAAGCAGCGUAUGUGACCCACGAGAGGGUGUGGGCUUCGUCCUUCAUCCAGGGUGUCUGUGGAGUGACGUCUGAAGACAUUUUCUACAUCAACCUUCCUCUUUAUCACAGCGCUGGAUUCCUUAUUGGACUCGUUGGAUGCAUCGAAAGAGGCAGCACUUUUGUUCUGCGGAGAAAGUUUUCCGCUUCUCAGUUCUGGGACGACUGCAGGAAGUACAACAUUACUGUGAUGCAGUACAUCGGAGAAACCUUACGCUACCUCUGCAAUACGCCACAGAAAGACAAUGAUCGAGACCACAAAGUGAAGAUCGCCAUUGGCAACGGUGUGCGAGCCGACAUCUGGAAAGAGUUCCUGAAGCGUUUUGGACGCAUCCACGUGCGGGAGCUGUACGCCGCUACUGAGGGAAACGUCGGCUUCAUCAACUACACUGAUAAAGUCGGAGUGGUCGGUCGGAUCAAUAUUAUCAGCAAGCUGUUCUUCCCCUUUGCCCUCAUCAAGUUUGACAUUGAGAAAGAAGAGCCGGUGAGGAACGCUGAGGGUUUCUGCAUCCCAGUGGAAAGAGACGAGGUGGGCCUUCUGGUGGGCAAAAUCACCAAACAUACACCGUUCGUGGGAUAUGCUGGAAACAAGCAGCAGACGGAUAAGAAGAGACUCGCUGACGUGUUUGAGAAAGGAGAUCUGUAUUUCCACAGUGGAGAUCUGCUGAGGAUCGACCAUCAAAAUUUUGUCUACUUUCAGGAUCGGGUUGGAGACACGUUCAGGUGGAAAGGAGAAAACGUGGCCACAACUGAAGUGGCAGAUAUUCUCACCAUGGUGGACUGCAUCGAGGAGGCCAACGUUUAUGGAGUCAAAGUUGAAGGUCAUGAAGGAAGGAUUGGAAUGGCAGCUGUGAAACUGAAGGAGGGCAGAGAGUUCGACUGCGUCUCCACCUGCAGUGUUUUGGCCAACUACCUUCCAGUCUACGCCAGACCUCGAUUCAUAAGAAUUCAGAAUUCUCUGGAGGUCACAGGAACCUUCAAGAUGAUGAAGGUGAAGCUGGUGGAGGAGGGCUUCAAUCCAGCGCUGAUAGAAGAUUCACUGUUCUUCCUGGAUUUGACACAGAAGAAGUACAUUCCUCUUUCUCAGGACAUUUACAACUCGAUCAUGUCGCAGGACAUUAAACUGUA